UUUUACUUAGUUUUCAAAAAAAAUUUAACCAAUCGAACACGGAAAAAUUAAAAUAAAUCAUACCAAACACAUCCUUAGAACAAGUAUACAUUUUUUCAUCACUCCUACAAGAACACCAUUCUUUCUUCUCAGUCUUAUUCUUGUGCCUCUGCUACUACAUUUCUCUCUGCUAUGAAUUUCUAGCUUGAGCCAUAUUCAGCUAAAACAAAUAGCACCAUUUCAGUUUCACUGUCAAAUUUGAAAAUGGUGUUGUUAAUCAUCUUCAUAAUUCAUGCUUUGAUGUUUGUGUCAGCUUCGUCGGAUCUUAGCUCCGACCGAGCUGCACUUUUAGCAUUUCGCUCCGCCGUGGGUGGUCGUACAUUUCUAUGGAACACCACCAUUACCUCCCCAUGCAACUGGGCUGGUGUACAAUGUGAAAACAACCGUGUUACAGUUCUCCGGCUACCGGCGUCAGCUCUCUCCGGUACCCUUCCGGUGAACACAAUCUCCAACCUGACUCGUCUUCGUACACUUAGUCUUCGUCUCAAUCGCCUUUCGGGUCCUCUCCCUUCUGAUCUCUCGAAAUGUGUCGAGCUCCGUAACAUUUAUCUCCAGGGUAACUUUUUUACCGGAGAGAUUUCUUCCUCCUUCUCCGGGCUUCACUCUUUAGUUCGGUUAAAUCUCGCUGAUAACAAUUUUUCUGGAGAAAUUCCAUCUGGGUUUAACAGUUUGACUCGAUUGAGAACAUUUCUACUUGAGAAAAACCAGUUUUCUGGAUUUAUGCCUGAGCUAAAGUUUUUCCCAAAUCUCGAGCAGUUCAAUGUGUCUUUCAAUAGAUUAAAUGGGUCUAUUCCGAAAAGUUUGGAGGUAAUGCCUGUUAGUUCUUUUACUGGGAAUUCUCUCUGUGGAAAGCCUAUUAAUGUCUGCCCAGGUAGUAAAACUCAGCCUGCUAUAGCUACUGAUGGAAUCGAUAUUGGGAAUUCAAAUAACAAGGAGAAGAAGCUAUCCGGUGGAGCUAUUUCCGGUAUUGUCAUCGGGUCUAUUGCUGGAUUUUUCAUUCUUUUGUUGAUUUUGUUUGUGUUAGGUAGGAUGAAAACCGGUGAUAAAACAAGGGCUCUUGAUGUUGAGACAAUUAAGCCACCUGAAACAGAAGUUCCCGGGGAGAAGCAGAUUGAGAAACCCGAAAAUGAAGGUGUAAAUAAUGGGAAUUCAGUUGCUACAGCAGAAGCUGCUGUGGUAUUGAAUAGUGGUGAAGAGAAUUGGGGAGGAACUGGGGCUAAGAAAAAGCUUGUGUUUUUUGGAGAUUAUUAUAAAGCAUUUGAAUUGGAGGAUUUGUUGAGAGCAUCUGCUGAGGUUCUUGGAAAGGGGACACUUGGAACAGCUUAUAAGGCAGUUUUGGAGAUUGGUACAAUUGUUGCUGUUAAGAGAUUGAAAGAUGUGUCAAUAUCUGAAAGUGAGUGCAAGGAGAAAAUUGAAACAGUUGGAGCAAUGAAUCAUGAGAAUUUGGUGCCUCUCAGAGCUUAUUAUUUCAGCAGGGAGGAAAAACUUCUUGUCUUUGACUAUAUGCCAAUGGGAAGCUUGUCUGCUCUUCUUCAUGGAAGCAAGGGGGCUGGCAGAACACCAUUGAAUUGGGAAAUCAGGUCCAGUAUUGCCCUCGGAAUUGCACGUGGCAUCGAAUACCUGCACUCUCAAGGUCCUGAUGUCUCCCAUGGGAAUAUCAAGUCAUCCAAUGUUCUUCUCACCAAAUCAUACGAAGCACGUGUCUCAGAUUUUGGCCUGGCUAACUUGGUUGGACCGCCAUCCUCCCCUACACGAGUUGUUGGAUAUCGUGCUCCAGAGGUAACUGAUCCUCGCAAGGUUUCCCAAAAGGCUGAUGUCUAUAGCUUUGGAGUAUUACUUUUGGAGCUUCUUACUGGAAAAGCACCUAGUCAUGCCCUCUUGAAUGAAGAAGGUGUUGAUUUGCCAAGAUGGGUUCAAUCUGUCGUUCGUGAAGAAUGGCCUUCUGAAGUUUUUGAUAUUGAGCUCCUCAGGUACCAGACUGCUGAAGAACAGAUGGUCCAACUCUUGCAGCUAGCAAUAAAUUGUACAGCUCAAUAUCCCAAUAACCGACCUUCAAUGGCUGAGAUCUCUAAACAGAUUGAAGAGCUUCAACGUCCAACCUCACACUGAUAAACAAGAACUCUCUGAUCUUGCCAAUGCAACAGAGUGAACUGGCCAUAUUAGUCCCUCGAGAUGUGCAGUAAUUAAGCUAAACUCAGAUUCAUCACCAAUAUACUGAGCCAAUUCUUAAGCAUAUUGAACUUGUUGUUUGUUAGGGGAGGGGUGUCUCAUCGUCUUUCAGUUUGAAUAACUGAUCAUGGCCCCUUUUCCUCUAUGUUUCUGUAGUAGACUAGUGGUUACCCCUUUCAUUUUCCUUUAGAUGAGGGGCCAAAGCCAAUAUCUGUACCAUUUAUUCCUGUUGGAUGUAUAAUGCUUUCCGUAAUUAUUACUGCUUCUGCUUUUACUUUUGCCUUUUCA